UGAAUUUCCACAAGGAGUAGCAGGCUCUUGCUGAGAUGGGGCCAGUCUGCAGCCUCGGAUGGGUGACGCCAAGGCGCCCACAAUGCCACACAGCCCCUCCUGGGCCGCCUGUUCCCUUGGGCAUCUGCCGGUUUUGAAGGAGCCGGGCAUCUGCAAGCACACUGGGGGUCCACAGGCAUGGGCACCAAGGGCUGAGACGCCAGAGCCGGGCUGAGCUUAAGGCCUUGGACAUGUGUGUGUGGAGCUGCCGGGUCAGAGGACCCUGGCCACUUCCCCACGCCCAGAAGCCAGAGGUCCUGGGUGGUGAGGAACCACACGUCCCAGCAGUUCGCUCCACUGAGGAAGCCGUCAGCAUGAACACGAGCGAGUUCAGGAGGAGAGGGAGGCAGAUGGUGGAUUACAUAGCUGACUACUUGGAGGGCAUCGAGCAGCGCCAGGUCUUCCCCGAUGUGGAGCCUGGCUACCUGCGCCCCUUGAUCCCCAGCUGCGCCCCCCAGGAGCCAGACACGUUUGAGGACAUCAUGAAGGACGUGGAGAAGAUCAUCAUGCCAGGGGUGACCCACUGGCAGAGCCCUCACUUUUUGGCCUACUUCCCCACGGGCAACUCCUUUCCGGCCCUACUCGGCGACAUGCUGAGCGGGGCCAUUGGUUGCAUCGGCUUCUCCUGGGCUGCGAGCCCAGCGUGCACAGAGCUGGAGACGGUGAUGAUGGACUGGCUGGGAAAGAUGCUGAAGCUGCCAGGGCACUUCCUGACUGACAGCGGUGGCAAAGGGGGCGGUGUGAUCCAGGGAAGCGCCAGUGAGGCUACACUGAUGGCCCUGCUGGGCGCUCGGAGCAAAGCGAAGCGCCGCCUGCAGGCCACCUGCCCGGGGCUGACGGACGCCGCCAUCCUGGAGAAGCUGGUGGCUUACUUCUCAGACCAGGCCCACAGUUCCGUGGAAAGAGCUGCAUUAAUAGGAAACGUGAAAUUCAAAGUCAUCCCUUCGGACGACAAGUUCACCAUGCGCGCGUCUGCCCUGCAGGAGGCGCUGGAGAGGGACAAGGCAGCUGGUCUGAUUCCUUUCUUUGUGGUGGCAACCCUGGGGACCACGUCCUGCUGCUCCUUUGACCGCCUCCCAGAACUGGGGCCCAUCUGUAACAAGGAAGACCUGUGGCUGCACAUCGACGCUGCCUAUGCGGGCAGCGCCUUCAUCUGCCCUGAGUUCCAGCAUCUUCUCAACGGCGUGGAGUUUGCAGAUUCCUUUAAUUUUAACCCCCACAAGUGGCUCCUGGUGAAUUUCGACUGCUCUGCUAUGUGGGUGAAGCGGAGGAGUGACCUGACAGACAUCUUCAAAAUGGACCCUGUGUACCUGAAGCACAGCCACCAGGACUCAGAGCUGAUCACCGACUACAGGCACUGGCAGCUGCCUCUAGGCCGCAGGUUCCGCUCCCUGAAGAUGUGGUUCGUCUUCCGGAUGUACGGAGUCACAGGGCUGCAGGCCUACAUCCGCAAGCACGUGCAGCUGGCUCACGAGUUUGAGUCCUUGGUGACCCAGGACCCUCGCUUUGAGAUCUGUAUGGAAGUCACUCUGGGGCUGGUCUGCUUUCGCCUAAAGGGUUCCAACAAACUGAAUGAAGCUCUCCUGGACAGAAUAAACGGCGCCAGGAAAAUCCACUUGGUGCCCUGCCACCUGAGAGACAAGUUCGUGCUCCGCUUUGCCAUCUGCUCCCGCAUGAUGGAGUCUGCGCAUGUGCGGUCGGCCUGGGAGCACAUCCAGGCGCUAGCGACCUCGCUGCUGGGAGGCUGGCGGGAGUGCGGGUCAGCGCUGCCUCAGGCCAGAGCUGCAGAGAUCUAAAGAUGAAAAGAAGUACAUCUGAAAACUGUAGUGAGAAGAACACAAACUCCAUCCCAGCUCUGCAGAAGCGGCUUCACACCUCUUUCCCCAAAGUCGCUCAGAAGCUUGUGAUUAUGUAUCUUCAGUCUCUCAUUAGUGAAGAAAUUUCAUCUGCUGCAGGAGGACUUAAUUCCAGUGGACACAGGUUUUGUCCAUCAUUUGGCUGUGAUUUUUGCUGAUUAGAAAAAUCAGUGGUUUGUGCUCCUGACGUCAUCAGUGGCAGGAAAGCUUAUCAAAAUGUUUCCCAGGGUGGUCUGUGGUUGUGGGACAACAGAUUGUUCCUGCGGCCUUUUGCUUGCUCUGUCAUGUGGCUCAGCGCUUAAUAAACCAUCUG